AUGCCUUCAGUGCAUAGGGGAAACUUCCCCAAUCGCCAAACCCAAUGCUCCGCGCGGAGGCAGAAGAUUGUACAACAGAGGAAGUCCCUUCCAAUUGCUUCAGUUGAGAAAAGACUGGUUGAAGAGGUUCGGAAGAACGAUGUGUUGAUUAUUGUUGGUGAAACUGGAAGCGGAAAGACCACUCAGAUUCCACAGUUUCUGUUCGAUGCUGGUUUUUGUCGCGAUGGAAGGGUUAUUGGGGUAACACAACCUAGACGUGUAGCUGCUGUCACUGUGGCUAAACGAGUUGCUGAGGAAUGUGGGGUUGAGUUGGGUCGUAAGGUUGGCUAUUCUGUUAGAUUUGAUGACACUACUUCUGGCUCAACAAGGAUCAAGUAUAUGACAGAUGGUUUACUUUUGAGGGAAGCAUUGUUAGAUCCAUAUCUUUCUAAGUAUUCUGUUAUAAUUGUUGAUGAGGCACAUGAGAGGACUGUUCACACUGAUGUCUUGAUGGGCCUGCUAAAGAACGUACAACUCGCUAGGUCAAGUUCUGUCAGUGAUGGUCAGUGCCUUAGGUUUGGAAAAAAGAACGUGAAGAAAGUCAUGACAUUAGAAAAAGAAAAUGAGCAGAGUGAAAGAUUUCAUAAAAGGCCUCUCUAUGAGAAGUAUACUCCAUUGAAGAUAAUCAUCAUGUCUGCAAGUCUUGAUGCACGGGCUUUCUCUGAGUACUUUGGUGGUGCCAAAGCUGUUCACAUCCAAGGGAGACAGUUUCCUGUAGACAUAUUUUAUACUCGUAUUGCAGAGACAGAUUAUUUAGAUGCUUCCUUAAUAACAAUAUUCCAGAUUCAUUUAGAGGAGGGUCCUGGUGAUAUACUAGUGUUUCUGACUGGGCAAGAAGAGAUUGAAUCUGUUGAAAGGCUUAUCAAAGAGAAACUCCCACAAUUACCUCAAGAAAAUCAGAAGCUUCUGAUUGUGCCUAUAUUUGCAGCUCUUCCAUCUGAGCAGCAAAUGCGGGUCUUUGCUCCAGCUCCAUCUGGGUUUCGUAAGGUGAUACUGGCAACUAAUAUUGCUGAGACAUCAGUAACAAUUCCAGGAAUCAAGUAUGUAAUUGAUCCUGGAUUUGUCAAAGCACGUUCCUAUGACCCGGGAAAAGGCAUGGAAUCGUUGAUUAUAGUACCUACAUCCAAGUCCCAAGCUCUGCAAAGAAGUGGGCGUGCAGGGCGUGAAGGACCUGGAAAAUGCUUCCGCCUAUAUCCUGAAAAAGAAUUUGAGAAACUUGAGGACUCAACAAUGCCAGAGAUUAAGCGGUGCAACCUUUCUAAUGUCAUUUUACAGCUUAAGGCUCUAGGUGUUGAUGACAUACUAGGGUUUGAUUUUAUUGAAAAACCUUCAAGGGAAGCUAUUAUAAAAUCAUUGGAGCAACUAUUUUUGUUAGGUGCUCUAACGGAUGAAUGUCAACUAUCUGAUCCCGUAGGGCAUCAAAUGGCUCGACUGCCCUUGGAUCCUAUUUAUUCCAAAGCUCUUAUUUUAGCCAGUCAGUUUAACUGUUUGGAGGAGAUGUUGAUAACUGUAGCCCUGCUGUCUGUGGAAUCGAUAUUUUAUAGUCCUCGUGACAAGUUAGAAGAGGCAAGAACUGCAACAAAAUGCUUCUCUAGUCCAGAGGGGGACCACAUCACUUUGAUAAAUGUGUAUCGAGCAUCUAAUGAUUUCUUGGAGAAGAGAUCAACGGAAAUGAGUAUGGCAAAAACUGAAAAGGCUUAUAGAAAAUGGUGCAAAGAAAAUUUUAUUAAUAGCCGGUCUCUAAGACACGCACGUGAUAUUCACAGGCAGAUUAAGGGACAUGUUGAACAAAUGGGUCUUAAUCUUUCUUCUUGUGGAGAUGAUAUGCUUCAAUUCCGCAGGUGCCUAGCUGCUUCCUUUUUCCUCAAUGCAGCUGUAAAGCAGCCAGAGGGAACAUACAGGGCUUUGGCAAGUGGUCAGGUGGUGCAGAUCCACCCUUCUUCUGUAUUAUUCCGGCAAAAACCAGAAUGUGUGAUAUUUAACGAAUUGGUCCAAACAAAUAACAAGUAUGUUCGAAAUUUAACCAGAGUUGAUUACCUAUGGUUAACUGAGCUAGCUCCUCAAUAUUACGCCAUGCAGAAUUAA